GGUAUAAAUAAAUAAAAAGGGAAUUGUCGUAAGGAUCAAAGGUUUGCAGAUUUUCCAAUCGGAGACGAAGACCCAACCCCCUAUAUCCCGGGAAACACCCACCUCCCUUUCUCUUCUUAGAUCUUUCUUCCCUUCACCAAACCAAUUCACGGGUCUCCCUCAAGUCUCCCUCAACCCCCUCUUCAAUUCCCCUAUUCCCAAUUUCCGGCAACAAUCCAACUUUCUCUCCCCGCCGCCUGCCUCUUGCUUUCUAUUUUUCAAAAUCAUCCUCCACCCAUCCAUUCAGAUCUCUUCCUCCUCUUCUUAUCUGGCUUCCUCAAUUUCUCUUCCUAUAGAUCGACAUCCCGAAGAAUAUCUAUCUCCUCUUGCCUCCUUCCUGGGAUCGCAAAUUAGACCCCCGAGGCUGACAUGGAUAAUAUAAUCGGCAAACUUCGAAACUUGGAUGCUUACCCUAAAAUUAAUGAGGAUUUCUACAGCCGCACGCUUUCCGGUGGCGUUAUCACGCUGGCCUCAUCCAUUCUCAUGCUAUUGCUAUUCAUAUCCGAGCUACGGUUAUAUCUCCAUGCUGUAACAGAAACCAAGCUCGUAGUUGAUACAUCUAGAGGAGAAACCCUUCGUAUCAAUUUUGAUGUUACGUUUCCUGCCCUUCCUUGUUCUUUAUUAAGUCUUGAUGCCAUGGACAUCAGUGGAGAGCAACACCUGGAUGUGAAACAUGACAUAAUCAAAAAAAGGUUGGACUCUCACGGCAAUGCUAUCGAAGCUAGACCGGAUGGGAUUGGUGCACCUAAGAUUGAAAAGCCCUUACAGAGACAUGGUGGCAGGCUUGAGCACAAUGAGACAUAUUGUGGUUCCUGCUUUGGAGCUGAAUCAGCAGAUGAUCAUUGUUGCAAUUCGUGUGAGGAAGUUCGUGAGGCUUAUCGAAAGAAAGGUUGGGCUUUGUCAAACCCAGAUUUGAUUGACCAGUGCAAAAGAGAAGGGUUUCUUCAACGGAUCAAAGAUGAGGAUGGUGAAGGAUGCAAUAUAUACGGGUUUUUGGAGGUUAAUAAGGUUGCUGGAAAUUUCCACUUCGCACCUGGGAAAAGUUUUCAACAGUCAAAUGUUCAUGUUCACGAUCUGUUGGCUUUCCAAAAGGAUAGCUUCAAUAUAAGUCACAAGAUUAACAGAUUAGCUUUUGGAGAAUAUUUCCCUGGCGUAGUGAAUCCUCUGGAUGGCGUGCAAUGGGAACAAGAAACACCAAGUGCAACAUACCAGUAUUUUAUCAAGGUUGUACCUACUGUUUACAAGGACGUUAGUGGGAAUACCAUCCAGACGAACCAGUUCUCUGUCACAGAACACGUAAGGACUGCGGAAGUUGGUCGACUUCAGUCACUUCCUGCAGUUUUCUUCUUCUACGAUCUUUCUCCUAUCAAGGUCACAUUCACUGAGGGGCAUGUGUCAUUCCUCCACUUCUUGACAAAUGUAUGCGCUAUAGUUGGAGGCAUCUUCACCGUCUCAGGAAUAUUAGAUUCAUUCAUAUACCAUGGUCAGAAAGUGAUCAAGAAGAAGAUGGAGAUUGGUAAGUUCAGCUGAUAGACGACAUAUUUAUUCGAGUUGUUGACGUUACAGAACCUGGCAACAAUUUCCAUCUCUGAUGAUGAAUGAUCAAAUCAAGAGAAUCAGAACGGUUAGUUCGUUGUAUUAGAUUAUGGUUGAAAUUUGUUGCCAUGAUUUUACUCGGUUGAGAAGUAGCUGAGCUCCCCAGCUCUGUUUCAUAUUUAAAAACAUUUGUUUACUUUUUUUUUUUUUUUUUUUUUUUUUUUAACUGUUGUCGUAAAUGUGAAUAUCCACAUGAAAGAGGUAAAGACAGGAUUCUCAUUAUUUAUUAGAUCCCAAUUUUUGACCAUAA